AUGAUAAAGCUCACAGAUGGAGGGCUUGCAGUAUAUGUCUUCAUGGAGUUAGUGAGGGAGAAAGUAGAGGGACACGGACAGAAAGUAGAGGGACACGGACAGAAAGUACAGGGACACGGACAGAAAGUACAGGGACACGGACAGAAAGUAGAGGGACACGGACAGAAAGUACAGGGACACGGACAGAAAGUAGAGGGACACGGACAGAAAGUACAGGGACACGGACAGAAAGUACAGGGACACGGACAGAAAGUAGAGGGCCACGGACAGAAAGUAGAGGGACACGGACAGAAAGUACAGGGCCACGGACAGAAAGUAGAGGGCCACGGACAGAAAGUAGAGGGACACAGACAGAAAGUAGAGGGCCACGGACAGAAAGUAGAGGGCCACGGACAGAAAGUAGAGGGACACGGACAGAAAGUAGAGGGCCACGGACAGAAAGUAGAGGGACACGGACAGAAAGUACAGGGACACGGACAGAAAGUAGAGGGCCACGGACAGAAAGUAGAGGGACACGGACAGAAAGUAGAGGGACACGGACAGAAAGUAGAGGGCCACGGACAGAAAGUAGAGGGACACGGACAGAAAGUAGAGGGACACGGACAGAAAGUAGAGGGCCACGGACAGAAAGUAGAGGGCCACGGACAGAAAGUAGAGGGACACGGACAGAAAGUAGAGGGCCACGGACAGAAAGUAGAGGGCCACGGACAGAAAGUAGAGGGACACGGACAGAAAGUAGAGGGACACGGACAGAAAGUAGAGGGCCACGGACAGAAAGUAGAGGGACACGGACAGAAAGUAGAGGGACACGGACAGAAAGUAGAGGGACACGGACAGAAAGUAGAGGGCCACGGACAGAAAGUAGAGGGACACGGACAGAAAGUAGAGGGACACGGACAGAAAGUAGAGGGACACGGACAGAAAGUAGAGGGACACGGACAGAAAGUAGAGGGACACGGACAGAAAGUAGAGGGACACGGAGAGAAAGUAGAGGGACACGGACAGAAAAGUGUCUGA